GGAGGGAGCUUUAACACAGGUGUUGCUGGGGGUUUGCGCAUCGGCCGUGAGAUCGUUUGGCAGGAUGGGAGCUGCGAGAACACCUACGCACCCCCGUCAUAGUUCCCCAUGUUGUGUGCACUCCUGCUUUCUCCGACACGGAAUUCAAUUAACGCUGUGAUCAGACCGAAACACCCGCCGCAAUGGUGCACCACUCGGGCUCCAUCCAGUCCUUCAAGCAGCAGAAAGGCAUGCACACCAGCAUCAGCGAGAUCCUGAAGGAGAAGAGCCUGAAGCCGUCUCGCCGCAGCCUGCCCUGCCUGGCCCAGAGCCAGACUCACCCAAUCAACCUCAACCACUUCCUGUCUGUGCCUCUGAGCCCGGAGCCCAAAGCAGAGGUCGAGGGUCUGAGUCAGAGCAUCAGCACCUCCUGCAGCCUCCUGCCCCCACAGACAGCAGAGGAUGGGAAAGAUCAGUACAUGGAGGAGUCGGAGGUGACGACGUGUGAGACGAGGGCAGAUGAGUCAUUUCUACUACAAAAGCCGACCGUCACCCGAGCUAAAUUAGAGGCCCGCACAGAUUCACUUCAGGGAAAGAAUCAAGGUGAAUCCUUGGGGUUGUUUUUCCGAGAUGGAAAAAAGCGUAUCGACUACAUCUUGGUUUACAAGAAGUCAAGCCCACAGGUGGAGAAGAGGUGCACUUUUGAGAAGAAUCUACGUGCUGAAGGUCUAAUGCUGGAGAAGGAGCCCUCUUUGACAAACAACGACAUCAUGUUUGUGAAGAUCCACGCUCCCUGGGAUACACUUUGCAAAUAUGCCGAGCAGAUGAACAUCCGAAUGCCUUUCAGGAAAAAAUGCUACUUCACAGACUGGAAGAGCAAAACCCUGGGCAGCAGGUUUUAUCUGAGAUGUCGACAGAUCAAAAGCUGGCUUCCCAGAAAUCCCAUGAAGCUGGACAAAGAGGCCUUGCCUGACCUGGAGGAGACGGACUGCUACACAGCGCCCUUCAGCAGAGCACGAAUGCACCACUUCACCAUCAACAAUAGAGAGACCUUCUUCUCCAAUUCAACCAGAAGCAGAAUAGUCCAUCAUGUCCUGCAACGCACAAAGUAUGAGGACGGAAAAUCAAAGAUGGGUAUCAACAGGCUGUUGGGUAACAACACGUAUGAGGCUGCAUUUCCUCCUCAUGAGGGGGGUUACAAGAGCAGACAUCCAAUUAAAACACAUGGUGCCCAGAACCACAGACAUCUUUUGUACGAGCGCUGGGCCCGUUGGGGGAUCUGGUACAAAUACCAGCCUCUGGACCUCAUCAGGCGGUACUUUGGUGAGAAAAUCGGCCUUUACUUUGCAUGGCUAGGCUGGUACACGGGUAUGUUGAUCCCUGCUGCUCUGGUUGGCGUUUUUGUCUUCCUCUAUGGUCUCUUCACGAUGGACUCCAGCCAAGUCAGUAAAGAGAUUUGUGAAGCCAACACUACCAUCAUGUGUGCUAUGUGUGAGGGCACCUGUGAACCGUGGACACUGAGCGACAGCUGUGUCUAUGCAAAGGUGACCCAUCUGUUUGAUAACGGCGGCACUGUGUUCUUCGCCAUCUUCAUGGCUAUUUGGGCCACAGUAUUCCUGGAGUUCUGGAAGAGGAGGAGAGCAGAGCUGACUUAUGACUGGGACCUCAUUGAUUGGGAAGAAGAGGAGGAGGAGCUGAGGCCUCAAUUUGAAGCCAAGUACUCGAGGAUGGAAAGAGUCAACCCCAUCUCUGGCAAACCUGAGCCGUUCCAGCCAUUCUCAGACAAACUCAGCCGGCUCAUGGUGUCUGUGUCCGGAAUAUUCUUCAUGAUUUCCCUCGUCCUGACCGCCGUGUUUGCCGUGGUGGUUUUCCGACUCAUCGCCAUGGAGAAGUUCGCCUCUUUCAACUGGUAUUUUGUAAAGAAAAACUGGCAGUUUGCCACCUCUGGCACUGGCGUCUGCAUCAACUUUAUGAUCAUCAUGUCUCUCAACGUGGUGUAUGAAAAGGUGGCAUAUCUGCUGACAAAUUUAGAGCACCCACGGACAGAAUCUGAGUGGGAGAACAGCUUUGCUCUGAAGAUGUUCCUCUUCCAGUUUGUAAAUCUGAACAGCUCUACAUUCUACAUUGCUUUCUUCCUGGGAAGGUUUGCUGGCAGGCCUGGAAAAUACAAUAAACUCUUUAAUCGAUGGAGGCUGGAGGAGUGCCACCCGAGUGGCUGUUUGAUUGAUCUGUGCCUUCAAAUGGGUGUCAUCAUGUUCUUCAAACAAAUCUGGAACAACUUCAUGGAGCUCGGUUUUCCUUUGCUGCAGAACUGGUGGUCUCGUAGGAAGAUGAAAAAAGGAGGUGGCGGAGGACAGAACGUAGAGAAUAAAGCUCAGCUUCCACAGUGGGACAAAGACUGGAAUCUGCAGCCGAUGAACGCACAUGGACUUGUAGAUGAAUACCUUGAAAUGGUUCUCCAGUUUGGCUUCACUACCAUCUUUGUAGCAGCGUUCCCGCUGGCUCCUCUCCUCGCUCUGCUCAACAACAUCAUUGAGAUCCGCCUUGACGCCUACAAGUUCGUCACUCAGUGGAGGAGACCCAUGCCGGCCCGAGCCACUGACAUAGGUAUCUGGCAUGGGAUUCUCGAAGGAAUUGGCGUGCUUGCAGUCAUCACCAACGCCUUCGUUAUCGCCAUCACCUCAGACUACAUCCCCCGAUUUGUUUAUGCCUUCAAGUAUGGCCCGUGUGUAGACAAAGGAUAUCAUCAUGAGGAUGAGUGUUUGCGAGGCUACAUGAACAGCAGCCUGUCAGUGUUUGACAUGAGCAAGCAGAAGAACAGCAGUUAUCCUAUUUACUGCAGGUACAGAGACUACAGAGCACCGCCCUGGAGCCCAGUGCCAUACGAAUUCACCCUGCAGUUCUGGCACGUCCUGGCCGCCAGGCUGGCCUUCAUAAUUGUCUUUGAGCACCUGGUGUACGGGAUCAAGUCCUUCAUAGCAUACCUCAUCCCGGACAUGCCCAAGGAUCUCUGCGAUCGCAUGAGGAGGGAGAAGUACCUGAUGCAGGAGAUGAUGUACGAGGCAGAACUAGAGCACCUGCAGAAAGAGAGGAAGAAAAAUGGACGGCGUUAUCAUCACGAGUGGCCUUAGCUUCUAACUCCCGCCCCCAUCUCACCACAACAAGCCGCAAAGCCCUCAAAUCACAGGCACGACCUUCCCCUGCCUGCUUCUUUACGUCGUCUAGCUUUGAGAGUCUGGCUUCACUUGGCUGAUUCUGUACACCAAAGACUUGUUCUUCAGUUACCAGAUCCGCCCCUUAACCUGGACACUCCCUCGCCAUCUGUUUCAUGUCCGGUUUUGGCGCAGCUUUUUGUUUCUCACCCCGCCCUGCCUCGAUCCCUGACCUGGCUUCAUCCAGCUGGUUGCCCUUGUUUCUGUGCUAUGUCAUGGCUUCACUAGGGGGGAAAAAACCUUUUUGCAAUUGUAAUGUUUACUAUGCAGAUCAAGGGCUGCAGAUCACCACUGUUCACUUCUUGGCAACCCAUCCUGCAGUUUCUCCCUCUUUCUCCCUCUCUCUCUCUCUCUCUCCCUCUCUCUCUCUAUCUCUCUCUCUCUCACUCUCUGUGGCAGCUAGCACUCCGCUUUGACUCUGCAGUUUGGUGCAGCUUGCAGCAUGGCCGUGCUGCUUCCGCUCUGCUGGUUCCCGUGACAGAGCUACUGUGACGUUUCUUGUUGCAAAAGUGAUUUUGGUGAUGUGGCUACCAAAUACAUUUUUCCUGCAAAGCGACUGUAUAUCACCCUUGAAGCAUGCUAAUGAAAAUUUUGCGGCCAUUUUCGUAAACUGCAAAGAAAAAUAAAAGUAAACGCGACAGCGCUCAUUGUGACAGAUGUUAACAUCUAUUUGGUACAAAGAAUUCUCUCUGAAAUAUAAAGUGCAUGGUCAUUUUGUUGAGUACUUUUUAAUAGACAAAGAAGUCCUUGUCUUGAAGCCUGGUUCACUUUUGUGAGUGUGUGUGUGUUCUCAGUGUGAGUUGUGUGUUAAUCUCUGUCUAUGCUACCGCUAAGCUCGGCUGUCUUCAGUUGAGGAAAUGUGAACUUAGUGCGAUUUGAUUGUGCCUACAGUUGUGCUCACCACAAUUGUGUCACCAACAUCACGUGUGCCUGUUUGUGCUGCACGUGCUUUUUUCAAGUGCAAGAAAUUUUUCUUCCCUGUUCUGUGGUCUGAAAAAACUCUGUAAGGAUUUUAAUUGGACGGGAGUCACCACUGCAGCACCUUCUGUCGGAGGUGCAUAUCGUAAUGUGACUCUCAUUAUGAACAAUGCACUGUAUACGCCCGCAUGCAGGAGCCACAAAUCUGCUCUUCCGUUUCUGCGCUCGCAGCCUGUUUUUCAUUUGGUGUUGGAAGCCCUGAAGCGUGGUUGAAACUUGGAUCACUGGGACAUACCUGUGGCUUGGAUGUUCAGUUUGCAAAGAACAUCCGUCCACUGUUCCUCACUGCAGAAUCUACACCAACCCUUUUUUAGUUCUAGCCUUCUGCUAAACAAACAAUCAGAUGUGGUUUCGGCUGCUUCUGACCUUUUUUGAUGUGAAAAUGAGAGAUUUAGUUUGGGUUUGACAUCGCCUUCUGUUGUGGUCACUUCUGAAGUCAUGGAUUAGAGAACUCAGGAAAACAGGCAGCAUGAGCGACACAUUCAUCAGUGAGUCAGAAUCAUAAUCAUGUCCUGUCAUUCAUGAAGAUACAGAGGGUUUUUGUGUAGAGAAAUCAUAUUAAUGAGUGACUUUUAGAUUUUCUGAGAACUUUAAGAUUAGCCUGAAAGCUUUAGAUCUGUGAUUGUUGAUUCAGACUUAACCACAUUAUGCACAGUCAGCUUAAAAGAAGAAAUUCGCUUCCCUGAAUGCAUUGCACAGCAAAGAAAAGCGUAUCAUUUGACAGUUAGUAUGCAUAUUUAUUUAAUGUAUUCUUCCUUGUAUAUACAUUUAAGAUGUCUGUAAUGUUUUUAUACUUUUUAUUUAUUGCUAACUGUGUGAGCUCAUCUGUCUUCAUCCUCAGAUAGACAAAGUGACGUCCACAUUUCUCAGGUGUCCUCUGAAUGUUCGCACACGAUCAACUUUUUAUCAUAUUUUCUAAGAUGCAGUCAAAGGAAUCCCGCUUUUUUAGAUAUAUAUUUUUGCAUUGCAGUGCAUUUGCAUGAAUAUAAUGCACACUCACAAUUAUAAAGCAUGUUUGAUCCUGCAUUAUCACAGCAAAUAUACUAAAGACAAAAUCAAGGCUCACUUAGUUUAUUAAGAACGCACAUGAUGCAGAAGGCUGGGUGAGAAGUUGUACUUUUACAUGUGAAAGAAAAUGUUUGUUUCAUCCUCAAGAGAAAGAUAAUUGCUCCUAAAUCUUGUUCAAAUGGAAACUAGUCCAGGUUUUCUGCAUUUCUUCCCUGCUAUGUGAACAUUGAAAAUCUAUGCAUGUUGUUCUCCUUGAGUGCUACAUUUAUUUUGAAGAGUUGCAGAUGUUAAAUGUACAGGUACAUUUGUACUGUUGAGUAUGCAUGACCUAACAGCUAACUUCUGUAAGGUUGUUCAAGGCGUCUUCAAACAUAUCACCUCCCUCUUUCUGCAAUGGUUGUUUUAAAAGGUCCUAAUAAGACAUUAUAUGUCUCACGGUGUGGCUGGAUUUUAUACUGGAAGGGGAGUUUUUAAAAAAGAGCAUGAACUUGAACUAAAUCUGUUUACUCACAUGCACUUCUGAAAAUGUAUAGAAAUGGUCAGGACAGCCUUCCUCUGAAAUCUUUCUGAGUCUCUCACGUAUGAGAUUUUCUUUUCUGGCGGAAGGCAGAGGGUCUCAGACCAAGACUUGACCUUAGGAUGCACAGGGAGUCCACAAUGGAUGACAAUCUGACACUUUAAUUACAUUUUUCUGCCAUAAUGUCAACACUACAUAUGUAUAUUCACAGUAGGGAGAGAGCAUACUGGUGAACAAGACUGCCCAGAAGCAAGGCAAAAGGGUGAAGCUUUCUGGGGCCUAGAGUCAUGGAGGUUAGCAAAGUAAAUCCUUAAUUUAAGCAAUUAUUUACCAUUUUUGUGGUUUCAAUUAAGCAACAAGAAAUACAUGUUAUAUUUAUGGUUGCCUGGAAACCCAUAUUUUUGAAUAGUAUGAACAUUUUUGUCCACUCCAAAGCUAAUUGGAGUCAGGCCCAGGACUUAAAUGCUAAACAGGAGGCGAAUGCCAACGUUCCUGAGCCAACGUGCAUGCACUGAUACAAUUAAACAGCAUCAUGAGAGGGUUUAUUUACUAGGACUUUGAGGGGCCCAGCCAAAUCAGUAGCCAGGCAAACAGAAAAGAGUAUGAAGCAGCUUCCCUACAUGCACAAUUAAUGCACCUGUUGCUUACUGCUCACUUGAUUUGAAUGUCAUCAUCCCCAGCCGCUCCUAAACAGUGAAUUUAACAGAAUUUUCUGCUGCAUUCUUAAAGCAAGCAUUUUUCCAGGAGUCCACACUUUAUUGUCCCCUUGGGAAAUUUUGUCUUGGACUCUAAAGGAUCUUUUAAAAAGUAGACUGAUGCAUUUGAAAAGCUCUGUGCAUUCUACCAGUGAUUUCCAAGUCCACUCCUCAUUCUCACUGCUCUUUCUAUUAUAAACAGUAAUGGGCCACAUCUGUAAUACAGGCAUCUAUGGUGCUCUCAUUAAAAACUGAUUACUGUCAUUUGAAAAACUCAGAAAUGAAGUUCAGUUUGGACCAAUUUGUCAAGAAACACAUGAUUUGCAAUUAUAAAUAUUUCUUCUUUGUUAGCAGUUAUUAAUCAGCAAAUAUUGUUAUUAUUUAUAUUUGGUGGUGUGGCUGCUCUGGGA